GUGGAAAAGAUGUCCAUGAAAGUUGCAGCAAGAUUGAUUAAAUACAUUUUGCCCUAUGCUCGCCUCAAUUCGCUACGAAGUUGUGGUACGAUAAUCUUUAUCAAUUGGUCGGGGAUCUUCAUCGUUGCCCGUGAUUAAAGAUAAGACAUUUUCUGCAUAUUAAAGUUUUGCCGUGCGUAUGAAAGGACAAUUCAUGCAGGUGGUUCCGUAAAAAUGUGUCAUUUAGAAUGUAUUCACAUAUUGCGUCUUCGAAAAAUCGUAUUUAGGAGCGCCAAGUUUCCCUGUAAUUAAAAUGUAAUUUAUAUUUCUAUUUAUAUUGCGGCAAUGGUGGAAGUAGUAAAAUCAUCUGCACAGCUGGAACUCGAAGCAAUUCGCAGUGCAACUAGUCGUCUUGACCCAGAAGAUCAUGAAAUCAAUAUCGAGGCUAUAAAGUCACACCAAUUUUCUAUCAAUGAAGUUGGAGAAGACUUCACCCUUUUUCAAAAAAAAAUUAUUCUUGCAAAGCUUAAUUAUGAUAAAUUGGAAUCACUUGACGACCUUCCUAUGGGGGCUAUUUUUAUCAUUGAAAAGAUUCAAAAUCUUUCAUUGGAGGAGUCCAUUAAAAUUCUUGAAGAAACUUUAGUUGCACACGAAGACGAUUCAAAUUUUCCAACCGAGGAUUUUGAAUUUAUUGAGCAUCUUCUCUCUAACAAGAGUAGCAGAGAAGGUUCGAAUGAUGGAUCUUCGGAGGAUGAGAAGAAUCCCAGUGAGAAGAAGAUUGAUAGGUCGUACUACACUGAGGAUUUCUCAUCAGAAGAUGGAUCGAUUGAUAUUUUCAAAAUUAUUGAUUGGGAAUUGCAAGUUAGACUUGAAGCUGCCGUCAUUGCAUACCACUCCCCUUAUCCUGAAGUAAGAGCCGUUACUGAUCCAUUCGAUGACCCUAACAUGCCCUGUGAAACCUUAAGAGCGUACGUAAUUGCCUUGAUUUGGACAGUAAUCGGAUCUUUUAUCAAUGAAUUCUUUGCUCAUAGACAACCUUCCAUCAGUCUUAGUAGUUCUGUUGUGCAAUUGUUCUUAUAUCCUAGUGGGCUCCUUUGGGAAUAUAUCGUUCCAAAUUGGUCAAUCCCUAUUACCAAGACAUUUUCUAUUCCAUUAAAUCCUGGUCCCUGGAAUAUUAAGGAGCAACAAUUUGCCUCAAUCUUUUAUCUGGUUUCUGCUGUCUCUCCAUAUGUUGACUCAAAUAUCUAUAUUCAAAAAUUAGCCGUGUUUUAUAACAAUACCUGGGUUUCUUUCGGAUACCAAGUUUUGCUUAUUUUGUCUACUCAAUUUAUUGGGUUUGGACUUGCUGGUAUUUUAAGAAAGUUCACAAUUUAUCCCGUGAAAGCACUUUGGCCAACAGUUUUGCCUUCUUUGGCUCUUAAUAGAGCACUUUUGGUUCCAGAGAGAAAAGAAUCUAUUAAUGGAUGGAAGAUAUCGAGGUACAACUUCUUUUUUAUCGUUACUGCUAGUUCAUUUCUAUAUUUCUGGUUACCAAAUUAUUUGUUUGCAGCUUUGUCGACAUUUAAUUGGCUCACAUGGAUAGCACCAGAUAAUUUUGUUUUGGCAGCCAUUACAGGGUCUGAAACGGGAUUAGGGAUUAAUCCUAUCCCUUCUUUUGAUUGGAAUAUUUUGAACUUCAACUCCUGCUUAACAAUUCCGUUCUAUUCGCAAGCAAAUCAAUAUGUUGGGCUGAUAAUUGGUGCAAUUAUUAUUAUUGGCCUUUACUGGUCUAACAAUAUGUGGACAGCGUACCUUCCUAUCAAUUCAAAUUAUUUGUUUGAUAACACUGGGAAUUAUUAUUCGACUAGUAGCGUGAUUGGUGCAAAUAAUGAACUUGAUGAAGCUUUAUAUCAACAAGUUGGCCCGCCAUACUUCACUGCGGCAAACUUGAUGAUAUAUGGCGCAUUUUUCGCCAUUUACUUAUUUGGAUUCUUCUAUCAAGUUAUUAUAGAUUGGGCUAAUGUUAAGGAAGGAAUGAAAAAUAUUUAUCAAGGGUUGAAAAAUUGGAGAAGGCCCCUGUACACCAACUAUACUGAUCCACACUCAAGAAUGAUGAGUAAGUACAAGGAAGUUCCAGAUUGGGCAUAUUUGGUUGUGUUACUUAUUUCAUUUAUUCUUGCAAUUCUCUGUGUCGAGUUGUAUCCUACACAAACUCCAGUUUGGGGUAUUGUCUUCGUGAUCGCUUUGAACUUCAUUUUCUUAAUUCCUAUCACCUCCAUCUCUUCGAUUACGGGAUUUUCGUAUGGUCUUAAUGUUUUGUCCGAAAUUUUAAUUGGUUAUAUGCUUCCAGGAAAAUACAUUCCAUUGAUCACACUUAAAGCUUUUGGUUACAACACUGAUGGACAGGCACUUACUUUUAUCUCCGACUUGAAAACAUCCCAUUAUGCUAAAGUUCCUCCAAGGGCCAUUUUCAGGGGUCAAUUAUUAUCUGCAUUUGUUUCUGCAUUUAUCACUUUAGCAGUCAUCAAUUAUCAAUUAGGUAGCAUUAAAGGAAUAUGUACUCCAGAUCAGAAGCAGAAGUUUACUUGUCCGGGAGAUGUGACAUACUACUCAGCAAGUAUUGAAUUUGGUCUUAUUGGACCAAGGAGAGUUUUUGAUCAGGUAUACCCUAUUCUUAAGUGGUGUUUCUUGAUUGGUUUCUUGUUACUUAUUCCAGCAAUUGCAUUCCAAAAACUUGCUCCACGUAGAUUUACGAAGCAUUUCCAACCUACAGCAGUUAUCGGAGGUAUGAUGAUAUACGCACCUUAUAAUUUGAGUUAUUACACGGGUGGAAUGUAUCUCUCUUUUACGUUCAUGCAUUACAUAAGAAGAAAGUAUUUGACAUGGUGGGAAAAGUAUAACUAUGUUCUUUCAAGUGGAUUAGAUGCUGGGGUAGCAUUUUCAGCUAUAAUUAUUUUCUUCGCAGUUCAAUAUCAUGCAAAGGAUGUCAAUUGGUGGGGAAAUACCGUCAGUUAUGGCGGGGUAGAAGGCGGUUCAGGUCAGCAAUCUUUAUUGAAUGUCACCAAUACCGAACAAGGCUAUUUUGGUCUCAAAUGGGGUACAUUCUCUUAAUUUAAUAAUUCUUGUUUUUCGAGUUUGUGGACAUAUAUGUAAUCUUAAUAUGAUACAAUAAAUUGUUUAGUAUUUUUUGCUCUUUAUCUUAUUUGAAAGCUUUUUAAUUGUAACAAAUUAGUCUUUCUUCUCUCACUAUUGUAUAUAAUCUCCUCAAUAGCGAGGUGUUUUCUCUAGGCAGGAUUUGUAGUCUUACUAAAAAUUUACAUUGUCACAAGUACUGUAAUUCAGCUAUUACUCUUCCGGUUUAUUUCUUUAAUCGUGAGAAGCAAGUAUGGGCGUCGACCAACAGAUCUUGGUAGUGAAAGAAAAUCAUUAGUCAAGGUGUUGAUUUGGAGAUUAUUUAAAGGACAUAACCAUACUUUUGUACAUGUAUAAAAUUGGUACUGUUUGAGUGUACAUAAAAAAUAAAAU